AUGUCCACACUGUCAUACAAAAAACAGGAUGCGUAUGCCGUUACCGCCAACAUUCCUGAUAAGAUGGCUGUCUUUCAAGAAUGUAUGCAACAAUUCAAUGCUUCACCAAUCAAUGUUAAAAAGUGUCGUCAAUUAUUAGCUAAAUUAUUAAGAUUAAUUUAUUAUGGAGAACAAUUCCCAGCUCAAGAAUCUACCCAUUUAUUCUUUUCAAUUUCUAAAUUGUUUCAACAUAAGGAUCAAUCAUUAAGACAAUUGGUUUAUUUAACUAUUAAGGAAUUAUCAGCUACUUCUGAUGAUAUUCUUAUGGUUACUUCUUCAAUCAUGAAGGAUAUUCAAGGUAAUGAUGCUGUUUACAAACCAAAUGCAAUUAGAACUUUAUCUAAAGUUUUAGAUCCAACUACUGUUACUGCUGCUGAAAGAUUAUUUAAAACUUCAAUUGUUGAUAAGAAUCCAGUUGUAAGUUCAGCUGCAUUAAUUUCUGCCUAUAAUUUAUUACCAAAUGCUAAAGAAGUUGUUAAGAGAUUUACUAAUGAAGCUUUGGAAGCUUUACAAUCAUAUAAACAAUUUCCAGCUACUCAAUUCCAAUUACAUGAUUAUUAUGGAAGUUCUACUUCAAAUUUACCUUCUACUUCAUAUAUGUAUCAAUAUCAUGCCUUGGGAUUGAUUUAUCAAUUAAGAAGUCAUGAUAAAAUGGCACUUAUGAAAUUAAUUACAACUUUAUCUGAAGGUUCAUCUUUAAAGAAUUCUUUAUCCACAAUUCAAUUGAUUAGAUAUAUUAACAAAAUUUUAAUUGAUGAUCCAAAUUUAAUUGGUCAUUUAUAUCCUAUCUUAUCAGGAUUCUUAAAACAUAAAUCCGAUAUGGUUGAAUUAGAAGCUUGUAAAUCAUUGAUCAAUUUACAACAUUUAAUUAAAGAAGAUCAAUUUAUGGCAAUUGUUAAUACAUUACAAAAAUUAUUAGGUGUUCCCCGGACUGCUACCCGAUUUGCUGCCAUUAGAUUAAUUAAUAAGAUUUCAGCUAGACAUCCUGAAAGAAUCAUGGUUGUGAAUUCUGAAUUGGAAGGAUUGAUCAAUGAUUCAAAUAGAUCAAUUUCUACAUUGGCCAUUACUACAUUAUUAAAAAUCAUGGGAGCUGGUACUACUGCAGUUGCUGGUUCAGAAGGGGGUGAAAGUGUUGAUAGAUUAAUUUCCAAAAUGACUUCUUUGAUGGAUGAAAUCACGGAAGAUUUUAAGAUUGUAAUUAUUGAAGCGAUUGAAAAUUUGGCACUUAAAUUCCCAAAUAAACAUAAGAAAUUAGUGGCAUUUUUAACUGAUUUAUUAAGAGAUGAUGGUACAUUACAAUUAAAAACCAGUAUUGUGGAUGCUUUAUUUGAUUUAAUCAAGUUUUUACCUGAUGCUGAUGCAAAACAAUUAAUUUUAAUGAAUUUAUGUGAAUUUAUUGAAGAUUGUGAAUUUACGGAAUUAUCAGUUCGGAUAUUACAUUUAUUAGGUGAUGAAGGUCCAACUACAUCUAAUCCAUCAUAUUAUAUUAGACAUAUUUAUAAUCGAUUAGUAUUGGAGAAUUCCAUAGUUAGAUCCAGUGCUGUUAUUGCAUUAGCUAAAUUUGCUGCUGUUUGUGGUGGUGAUGUUGCUAAGAAUAUUACUAUUUUAUUGGGUAGAUGUUUAAAUGAUGUUGAUGAUGAAGUUAGAGAUCGUGCUGCUAUUUCAUUGAAAUUUAUUGAGAAUAAAUGUAAGAAAUUAAUUGUUAGAGAAUCAAGAUAUGAUUUAUAUUCUUUAGAAAAUAAAUUAAUUUCUUAUUUAAAUGAUCCAGCUAAUUUUGUUGAUAAAUUUGCCAUUGAAGAAGUUCCAAUUGUUUCUAAUGAAGAAUUGAAAUCAAUUGAAUAUAAUAUCAAGAUUAAUAGAUUAGAGAAGAAUGCAACUUCAGCCACCAAUGAGUCUGCCGUUGGUGCCGAAGAUCAAACGGGAGGCAGGGCCAAGACUGAAGAACCUAGUGAAUCCAAUGCUGCUGCGCAAGAAUUAUUAAAACAACAAGAAUAUGCUCAAGAAUUAUCUUUGAUUGAUAAUUUUGUUGAUUAUGGUAAAUUAACUAAAUCAACAAUUGUUCCAAUUUAUUUAACUGAUAAAGAAAAUGAAAUUGUGGUGAAUGUUGUUAAACAUUUAUUCAUUGAAUCCCAAAAAUUAGUCUUACAAUAUAAUAUCACCAAUACAUUACCUCAUACUGCUUUACAAGAUAUUUCCGUUAUUUCUCAACCUGAUAAUGAAUUAUAUGAAGAAGAUUUCAUUCUUCCCUUGGAUGAAUUAAAACCGGACCAAACUGGAAUUGUUUAUGUUUCUUUCAGUAUUCCUUCAAUUGACGAACAAGCAGAUUUGAUCUGUAGAUUUGGAAAUACAAUUGCAUAUACUAAUAAAGAUAUGGAUGAUGAUGGGAACGUAUAUGAAGGUGAUGAUGGAUGGGCUGAUGAAUAUCAAGUUGAUGAUUUGGAUGUGUUGGCCUGUGAUUUCAUUACUCCUUUAUAUAAUUCGAAUUUCACCGCUUUGUUUGAUCAAUUGGAGAUUCAUGAUACUGGGGUAGUUAAUUUGACUGGAGAAGGUAGUAAUAGAUUAGAAAACGCGGUUGAGAAAUUGAAGUCUAGUUUGAAUAUGAUGGCAUUGGAUGGAAGUGAUUAUGUUCCAAGUGAUGCUACUAGUCAUGUAUUGAAGUUGUUGGGUAAAGAUGCUUGGGGUGGGAAAGUUGGGGUUUUGAUAAGAUUGGCAAGUGCUGGUGGUAAGAUUGCUGCUAAGAUUGAGAUUAAACUGGAAACUGAAAAUCUUGGUGGAUUGAUUCUUAAUAGUGUAUAUUAG